AGCCUGGCGGUCCUGGCAACGACUGCCCAGAAAGAGUUGCAGGGUGGAGCCCAGGAUUUAUCUUUAACAGCCUCCCGACUGCCCUUGCUCUUCCCGAAUUCGUUCAUGCUGCCCUCCGCCUUCGCUUUUUCCCUUCACUUCUUCUCCCUCACCUUGCGCCAUUCUGGUUCUCUCCACCCUCCAGGCUCUCCACAUCCUCUCUUUUUUUUUUUUUUUCACACACUCGUUCCAUCGACCGGCCAUCUCGAUAUCUCGCGCACCCAAGACCUUGACGAGUCCCCGAGACCCUCGCUUUCCAGCCUUGGUCACCAAGUGACUUGUACCAAGACUCUGUCCACGGUCAAAGGUGUAAGCGGUCACCUCCAGCGGCGAAUUUCUUUCUCUCCACGUCUGCCUUCCUAGCGACGACCGACGACAACAUUUUCGACUCGGUUGCCCUGCAGACAUCUUGCUAGCAACCCUUCGCCACUGUUUAGCGGCCGC